GUACAAAAUUAACUAUUGUCUCUGUUCUUCCAGCCACUAUCUCAAGGACGGGGACACUGAUGCCUCAUGUGAAAGCCAAGGUCAUACCAGGAGCAGACAAGUUCAAUAGCACACGAAAACAGUCUGCUGGAGCUCAGUUCCGGCAUUCCCUGAUGAUGCUCAUGGAGAGGUUGUAUUCUGCCAACCCCCACUUUGUGCGCUGUAUAAAGCCCAACAGCCAGAAGGAGCCAGGUGUAGUGGACAGCCAGGUGGUGCUGCAGCAGCUCCGGUACAAUGGACUGCUGGAGACAAUACGUAUCCGAAGAGAUGGUUUCUCCUGGAGACCUUCAUUUGAGGAAUUUGCUGAAAGAUAUGGAAUUCUUCUAGUUAAACCAGAUGUUUCCCUCACAAAAGAAAGCUGCUUGGAGAUACUGCAAAGUACAGAGCUGACAGGCUGGAUAUGUGGGAAGUCACGACUUUUCUUUAAAUAUUGGCACCAGGAACAGCUGGGAAAGUAUGUGGAACGACUGGAAAGAGCAGCAGUUGUCAUACAGAAAGUUUUCAGGGGAUUCAGAUACAGGAAGAGUUACCUAAAACUGGUGGCUGAGCAGAGAGCUCAGGCACGGAGGCUACAGGAGGAGGCAGAGAGAGAAAGAAGACAGCAGCUGGCGGCAGAAGCAGAGGCUCAGAAAAGAAUCUCCUUUCCAGUCCCCAUGCCACGAAAGAGGCACCCUCAGCCUUCUCCCAAUCCUCCUGAUAAGCCACCACAGCCACCAGUGCCACGGCCACGGAGCAAACUAACAGAGUCCACUCCUUUUGAUAACUUCUUGGACCGUUCUGCACCUCGCCCUGUUCUGGGGACAAAGAAACAGGCUGGAGAAGAGGCAAAAAUAAGGAAAUGCAAGAGAGGAGCAAGUCUCCGCUGGUUCAAAGAGACGCAGGCUGAGAAGGUUGUGCAGGAUGAUGGGGCCUUUCCAAGCUGGCUGCAUGGGAUGAUCAGCCGGAGGGAAGCUGAAAACUUACUGAUGGACGAGCCUUUGGGUUGCUUCCUUGUUCGGAUCAGCCAGAGCCAACCGGGCUAUACCUUAACAUACAGGGGCGAAGGCCGCUGCAGACACUACAUGAUCCAGGUGCAGCCCAAUGCACGCUAUGUCAUCCUGGGGGAAGACCAGGCUCACGCCUCGCUCACUGAACUGGUUCAGUAUCACCAGGCUGUGGGCAUCCAGCCCUUCAUGGAAAAACUGACUGUUCCCUGUGGACAGAAAAGUAGUGAGAUUUUGGAUUGCAAAGAUCUGGAGUGCCUCACACUGGAUCUGCCAGCAGCCAUGAGGGAGGCCCCUCCAGAGGAGCAGCCCUGCCCCUCCGGGCCUUCCACCAGCAGAUCUGCUCUGCAGUCAAGAGCAGCCGCAGCUCUCAGACACAUGUGGUCCGGGAGGACCAAGAAUUUCCCAGACCAACAGAGCCUGGACAAGAGUAGGACAAAGCCAAGCUCAGGCAAGAAGAGAGUCUUCCCUCGCCUCCACUCCUCCAUACGCCUGGCGAUGCAGGAAAUCCAGCAGUUAUCUUCCGCUCCCUUGAACACUUCUGUACAGAGCUGCUGUCAGUCUCUCAGCACUGAUGAUGUAAAUCCCGAGUGACAUGGUCGAAGUGGCUCAGCCCUAUCUUCCAGUGCUGCCGGGCCUUGCCCAACUUGGUGAACAUAUCCAGACAUACAACAGCCUUUUUUCUUUUUUUGGUUUUUUUUUUUUUUCCUUUUUGUUUUUGCUGCACCCACUGGCCAUGUGCCUUUAGACAGGACUGCUGCAGAAAUUAACUUACAUCAGCACUCAGCUGGUCUCAGUGGCUGAGACUGCAGUAUCUGGACCAGUCCCAUCCUGGCAGAGGGGAGAGGAUGGGAACAGUCGCACUCUGCACAGACCCCUCAGUGCCUGACAGUCUGUGUGUCAGUACUUCAAUGUGCCUGGGGACCCCUCAUUUUGCACUGUUAAUAGUCACAAACUGGAUAUCUCCCAGCAACCUGUUCUGUCACAGAUACCUGUACUGAUUUCCUACCUCUUUUUCAAGUCCUCUGUUUUAGUCCUGUGAUUCCACUACUCUGGGUGCCAAGGGAAGCUGGGCUUGGGAACUAAGGAAUGAACGUGGUGUGUCCUUUUUGUUGAGUGCAGGAGCACUUGAACAGGAGAUGAGACAAGGGGUAGGAAAAUCUUUCUGCAGAGGGAAUUUCCUGCCCUUGCAUCAGUGUGCUGGCACGCGGCUCCACACUCCUUAGCCAGAGCUGGAGUCAGGGAAUCAUUGGUGAAACCCUCUUGUUCAUCCUGGUUGAAAUCACUACAAGUCUGCGUGCGACAACAUCCUACUUUAGACUGAGGGUAGAGGGCUUGCAACAUACAGGACUGUGCUACUUGUUACGUCUUUUCCACCCUUUAAGAUAAAUCUCUUCUAAAUUAAAUUCUUUGUACAAGGAGAAACUCAGCGUUUUCUUUGUUUCUGUUACCUGCAGUCAGUUCAGCCGUGGACUGCAAAUGGAGAACGGCUAAUGCCUCUGAGGGUAGACACAGGAUAAUGCAAAGUGGCUCAGUGCAGAAGCUGAAGGCUUAUGGGUCAGUAAUCCUGGUGUACAACUGCCACCUGUAACAGUGCUCUCCUCCCAUGCCAACGUCAUUUCCCCGUGUAUGCUGUUGGCGAGACCUCCCUUUUGCAGCCUGUGCUGAGCUCCCUCUGACUCAGUGCUUCCCUGGCAGAUGCCUCUGCACCGGAGGACAGCCACACUGCCCACCCCACUUCACCCCUCCCUGGGAGGCACGAGUGUGGCUGAGUCCAGGC